GACCCUGGUUUGCACAGAAUUUUAGCAAAACAGGAUGGGGCGGGACGAACGUCAGGCGUGGAUGCAGCAGCUGUUCGUGAAGGGAACAGGGAUACCAAGAAACGUGCCAAAAUCGUGUUUUGAAAAAGAUUCUGUUCUGAUCAUACCGGUACGAGUAGGGAAUUUANCGCACCGGAGCGGCGGCGGCGCGGGAAGACGCCGAGCUGCAGCGCGCCAUCCAGGAAAGCCUGCGAACCGAACCCGGCCGGACCCAGACCGGAGGCCGGCAGCGGAGGCAGCGGUCGGCGGCGUCCCGGAACGCGGGCCUCGCGGCGGCGUCCCGAAACAACACGGAACCAAAGCCGAAGCCAAAGCCGACCCUCUCGAAAACCCACCCGGGGGUGCAGAUGCCCAAGCGGUUGUCCCAGCACGACCAGGAAGACAUCAUCGUGCGGUGUGCCAGCCGCGUGGCACCCUAYUCCCUMUCGGUCGACACCCUGCUGAGGUCCCUGAAAACCAUCCAGGGCGAUCCCUUCAAUCGAAAGUACCACACCGUCGACACGACCACCGCCAUGUUCCAKCGAUCGCUCAGCGCACCGGGAGUCCUGGAUUUUCUCAAAGCCGUCAAUUUCCACCCGAACUACAACAACCGGAGGGCCCUGACCCUCUCCCAUUUCGACGCCGCCGCCUUUUACCUAGGGAUCUCGGCGCUGGAACAAGUGCAGAAGAAUUCGCCGGAGUAUUCCAAAGACAGAGCUCUYCGUCWGUUUCGGAAGGACCUGGCGUUGGCACUGUCGGCYGCCGACAACGACGUCGAAGAAUUGUCGGCGAGAAAGAAGUUCUUGUCGAAGCUUCCCUCCGAGCCRACCAAGGGGGGAUCGCAGAUUACGGUCGAAUACGGCAUCGUAUCGAACACCACCAACGCCGAAGGCACCACCAACGAGAAGGCGCCGCAGUCGUUGACCAAAAUCACGAGGGGAUUCGAUCACGACGACACGCUCGACGACGUCGUCAACUGGCUCGGGGGCCAGGCAACCGCGAUCCCGGAAAAACUCGAGGCGGGGGAAUGGAAGCUGGUGGAUCGCAAUCGGCAGGGUGCCGGGGAAGACUACAACUUCCACCGCCUCGAUCUGGGAGAACUGAGGCACAGAACCCUCCAGUACGUCGGGUGCUGGCCGUCGGGAAGGCUCGCGAUCGUCCCGAAGUUGUCGCCGUGAGAAGCCGCUCGGUCGGCACCGAAACAGGGCUUUCGCUACAAGCCUUGUAGUUUGGUGUACCGCACGGCAUGGUCGGAAUUCAAUUUAAAUCUUCGAUAGAAUGACAUGA